ACAAGUAGAGAAGGAAAAUUGAAGAAAAUGGAGAGAAAACCAAGUGUCUGUGAAAACCAAGUUAGUCAUGUCUUGGUAUUCCCUUUUCCAGUACAAGGUCACAUAAACCCAAUGCUUCAAUUCUCCAAGAGAUUGGCCUCAAAAGGCCUGAGGGUGACAAUAAUUACUGUCUCUUCUCCCACCAAACCGAUGCAGCUCCCACUAAGCUCCAUCAACUUGGAGUCAAUUGCAUUUGAAGAAGGUGAAAAAGAAGAUGAGGUUGAGCAUUAUCUUCAACUUUACCAGGCAACAAUCCCAGGGAGGCUAGCUGAGCUCAUUGAGAAGAAGAAUAUCUCUCGAUAUCCGGCUAAAUUUGUUGUAUAUGACUCAGUCAUGCCAUGGGUCUUAGAUGUGGCUCGAAGUGUAGGCAUAGACGGAGCUCCUUUUUUCACUCAAUCUUGGGGAGUUAAUGUCAUCUACUAUCACUUGCACCUGGGGACUUUCAAAGUUCCUUUGGAAGAGCCUGUUGCUGCAUUGCCUUCAAUGCCAAAACUGGAAGCCAUUGACCUGCCCUCGUUUGUUCGUGAUACAUCUGCAUAUCCUGGUCUAAGCAGCCUUCUAAUUGCUCAAUUCUCAAAUUUGGAAGAAGCAAGAUGGAUCUUUUGUAACACUUUUGACAAAUUGGAAGAUGAGAUAAUAAAAUGGAUGGCGGCAAACCAUAAACCAAUCAAGACAAUUGGACCCACUAUUCCAUCGAUGUUCCUAGACAAGAGGUUGGAGGAUGAUAAGGACUAUAGUCUCAAUUUAUUCAAACCGAAUGUGGAUGCCUGCAUCAAGUGGCUAGACUCGAAGGAAGCCGCAUCAGUUGUUUAUGUAUCAUUUGGAAGCUUGGCCACCUUAGGAGAAGAACAAAUGGAGGAAAUAACAUGGGGUCUAAAGAGGAGCAACAACUAUUUCUUGUGGGUUGUUAGAGAAACAGAACAAAAGAAGCUCCCUAGCAACUUCGUUGAGGAGACAUUAGAGAAAGGACUAGUAGUGUCUUGGAGCCCUCAAUUGAGAGUUCUAGCUCAUGAGGCAGUAGGUUGUUUUAUAACUCAUUGUGGGUGGAACUCGACACUUGAGGCAUUGAGCUUGGGGGUGCCAAUGGUAGCAAUGCCACAAUGGACAGACCAACCAACUAAUGCGAAGUUUGUGGAAGAUGUAUGGAAGGUAGGAGUUCGAGUUAGGAUGGAUGAAAAUGGCAUCGUCAGAAAGGAAGAGAUUGAACGGUGUAUAAGGGAAGUCACGGAGGGAGAGAAAAGUAUUGAUAUCAAAAGUAAUUCAGAGAGGUGGAAAAAAUUGACUAAAGAGGCAGUUGAUGAAGGUGGAAGCUCUGAUAGGAACUUUGAUGAAUUUGUAGCAGAACUUAUGUGCAAAUGAACUUAUGUGCCAAAAAAAAGUCAAUAAAAUUACAUAUUCUUGAUCUUAAUGGCAAGGCUGACAUUCAAUGGCACAUACAGCAUAGGUUGCUGUUGACUGCUGCAAUUUAUUGGUGAAGAUAUGACACAUGCAUGAAAAAUGUCUAAUGUCUUAAAUCUCAAAUCUUUUACCAAUUAAGAUACCUUAAAUUUAUUCCCUUGAGGGUUAAGGUUGUGUUCUAAGUCUCUAAGGAAUCUCUCUCUCUGGAGGGAGAGAAAUCCCAGAGGAAAUGUCUAAUGUCGAAUGUUUUACAUGCAUGAAAAUGUCUAAUGUCUACAAUAUUUUCUUGAAAGUGGCAGGAUAGAAUGUAAAUUAAGGGAACGGAUUGAUGCUGUGGCUACUCACCAGGCUGCUUUCUCUACACCGAUGGCAAAAGCCUGUGCAUUAUGAUCGGCAGUGGGCCUAGCUCUAGCUAACGGAUUUGUGCGGGCUAUUUUUGAAUCAGAUUUUCAUUAGCUUAUGCCGGUGAUCAACAAGCAAGGUGUUUUUCCUCAGCAAAUUAAAUUGCUCCUAUCGUGGAAUCAAUUUGGUCAUUUUAUUAUCAUGUUUUAAGAGCUGUGAGUUUACCCAUGUCCCUAAAAGAUCUGCUAACAAAGCUAGCGACUGGGCUGCUAGCCAUACUUUAAAAGGUGACUGUCCUUUCUUUUGGGCUCAAUGCCCUUUGCUAUGCCAUGAAACAUGAUGCUACGGUUGUCCGAAGAUAUUGAAAACAAAUUCGCAGAGGUGAAGAAAAUUAACCCAAAAGGUAAGUCGAUGGAGAAUGGACGUGGAUGAACGGAUGUCA